AUGGCUACUUCAAAUGUGCCUUGGGACGAAGUCUCAAUCAAGAAUUCGUGUGCUCAUCGGGUAUUGCAUGCAUCGCGCCAGAUCACCUUUCCUGAAUUAAGCUCCUCGGCAGGCUCGUGCCGCAUAUGCUGUAUCUAUCGAGACAUUGCCUUAGAUUGCGUGAGAGGUCACCUCCCAGGCAUCUCAGAGGCAUUCUUCAAAAACGAAACUGAGGAGAAGUUGAAACUUGAGCGAUUGGUCAUUUCAGAAUGGCAUGAACUUCUUAGCAUCGAACUAUCAGACCAGAAAGCCAAUUUCGAGUUAUUCAUGGACGCAAGGGCCGAUGCGUUUGAAGUGUCGGGAGAGCGUGUGAGGAGCAGAUACCGUGUUGGGCGAUAUACGAAUUCAAGGGACAGUUUUGAACGCGCAAGAGAAUGGGUAUCCGAGUGCGUGGCCAAGCACGCCUGUCCCAAGCCUAUAACUACAGAGGUACCACUUCCAAAAAGGCUGAUUGGUGUUGAGGGCGCUCUCGAAGAUCCUGUCAGGUUGGUAGAGACCCGAGGAGAUGAGUCCCCUUACAUCUGCCUGAGCCAUCGGUGGGGGGAUCCUACACAUAAACAACUAAAAACAACUACACGAACCCUUGACAGCCACAUGAAGAAUAUCGAUUGGGAGAGUCUACCUGCUACAUUUAAAGAUGCAGUAACAGUUUGCCGGUCAAUGGACGUCAAAUAUCUUUGGAUCGAUAGCUUGUGUAUCCUACAGAGCUUCGCGGAUAUAACCCCCAACGAACUCGAAGCCACUAGGCGGGACUUUGCUCAAGAGAACUCCAACAUGGCCAGGACUUAUCAAAACUCCCAUUUCACCAUCUCUGCCGACCUCUCAGACCACAUGGACAGCGGCUUCUUUUCCAGAGAUCCUGUGGAUGAGUAUAGGAAGGAAGUUACCACAGAUAGCGGGAAUCAAGCGUUCUGGUACAUCCGCAAGCGCAUCAACCACUACCGAGAGGAUAUCCCAUGUCUAGAGACACGCGGCUGGACUCUUCAAGAAUUCCUCCUUCCCCCUCGUGUACUGCACUUUGGCAAGUUCGACAUUGCCUGGAGAUGCAAAACACGAAUCACUUGCGAAUGCGGGCAUAUAGACAGGCAAGAGACAAUGCAGUCGCACUGGCACCGAUUUCACAAGCUUGAAGAAGCUACUAAACCUCCCCCGAGUGACUGGAAAGGUGCUCUUAAGUGGUGGGAGCAGGUAGUUCACGCAUAUACAAGCAGGCAACUGACCAACCCUGCCGACAAGCUCCCGGCAUUGUCAGGUCUAGCUCAACAGCGAAAACAUGUCAGGGGCGGUGUGUAUCUCGCCGGACUGUGGCAGGACUCGCUUCUGCAUGAUCUCUGCUGGUACCAUGUCUCCCAUUACAACAUGGCAACUUCGGGUGGUGUAGGCUACAGACCUCCUUAUUACCGUGCGCCUUCAUGGUCUUGGGCCGCUGUCGAUACCGAUUCAGGCUGUAGCUGGUGGUGGACCGGACCAAUCGGACUUCAUUCGUUACCGCCCCCAAAAGAGCCAAAGCAAGCAUGUGUUAUUGUCAAUGUGGGCUGUGAGCUUGCAACGACUGAUCCUACAGGCGAGGUCCGAAGCGGAUUUCUAGAUAUCAAGACUUCGUUGACAUCAGCUGACAUCUGCCGGGAUCCCCAUGAGGAGGUCUUGUGGACCAUCGAACUUGACCCUCCACUCAGAAAACUAUUAUUCAAGCCUGAUUGCGUGCUUGAGGACGACGGUCUGAAAUUUGGAGAUCAGAUAUUUUACGCUCCAAUCGCUGGUGACAAAUUCUCCUCUCGGGUGUAUUUUGCUUGUCUGGCUUUGAAGCAUAUUGAUGGCGACAUCUAUCAACGAGUUGGAUUCUGUAUUGUCGAUGCAAAGCGUGCGGACCUCCAGUCCCAUCAUGAAGAUACUACGGCAUCAGACCUGGAGGACUUUGCGUGGCCAGGCAGUGAACAAGUGCAGAUCAGGAUUAUAUAG